AUGUGUCUAGACAGAGCUGAGAAACGCGCAUCUAAUAUGUGACUCAUCUAUAUGUCCGCACACUACAUAGCCAACUGAUACUGCAUUAGCUCUAAGCGACGCCGUGGUUGCAGUAUUAUUUGUUCAGUUCCAUCAUCUUGAAUGAGAGUGGUUUGACGGGGAGAGGCAGCAUCCGUGGAAAUUAGGAUGCGUUUAAUUCGCUGUCAUGUAUGCCGUUAUCUUUUGAUUUCUAUCUUCGUUCUCUUUCUUGUGGUGAACUGCCAAGCAAGAAGAGGAAGCAGAUCACGUUCACGGAUUCGUUAUGGUUCGGGAUCUACAGGAUCGGGAAUUGGAAAUUCUCCGGUUUUCUGGAUUAUCUUCGGCAUCAUUGUCUUUUUCAUUGUCGUCUUCUUAAUUUACGCAUGUUGUCGUCAUUCGAAUUCACAAGACAGGAAAAGGCAGCAGGAAGCCUUGCAGGCGGACGCCACCCAAUCCGUUCAGAUGUCAAAUAACGAGGGGUCGACUCCUGCAGCGGGCCCAGGACACCCGAAGGUCUUUGUCCAAGAAAAUCCUCUAGAAAUGCCACCGCCAAGCUACUUUGAUGCUACCAAACCAUAUGGAAUAAUACAUCGAGGAGGGGGAGGGAACACUUACGAAAUGCAAAGAGUGGAUGACGUCACUGAGAAGUGCACCGGCGUCUAAUUCUGUAACCAUGGCAACUCAAUAUUAUUCACUCAAUAGUAUGUUUAACGACAUACAUUAUUUACAACAAUGUAACCAUAUAGGUAUAAUCAUGAUGAAUUGCAAAGUUGAUUUGUUUCGAAAUACUUGAAGGAUCUGCGUGCGAUUACCAAAAUGAAAUCGAUUAGUCAUGCCUGUCUUUCAGAUGGUAAAGGCAUGGUCACACCGCCCGAGCGUUGUUGGAGCGGUCGUGGAGCGGAGAAAAAAAAAUCA